AUCGUGCAGCUACUACUCGACCGACACGCCGAUAUCGAGUCUAAGGAUGACUCAGGCCGGACGGCGCUAUCGUAUGCCGCUGAGAGAGAGAGUGAGGCUAUCGUGCAGCUACUACUCGACCGACACGCCGAUAUCGAGUCUAAGGACAACUCAGGCCGGACACCGCUAUCGUAUGCCGCCGAGAAAGGGCAUGAGGCUAUCGUGCAGCUGCUGCUUGCGACCAAAGGAAUCGAUGUUGACUCAGGAGAUCAGUAUGGUCGGACGCCUUUGACCUACGCAAUGAAAAACGCUUAUGGAACAGGGGAGAUUGUGCUAAUGCUCGCCCUAGGAGAAGUCGACGUUGAUAUAAACCGCAAAGAGUGUUUGAGAGUAUUAUGCGCAACAACUGAAGAUUUUCGAAAGAUAUGUGAGCGGCUGCGGACGGCCGACAGGGAACAAGAGUUUGCAAGAUUUGAGCAAUUGAAACCAAAACUCGGCAGAUUCCGGCUGGCAAAACAAGGAUGGAUUUAUAUCCACGUAAAGGGUUGUGUCGCAAGUCAGGCAUGA